UCGUCGCUACAGCAACCUCAUACUUCAUGUUGUUUGAUUUACUCCGAUCAUUCUUACAAGAAGAGUGAGUUGAACUUUUUAGCUAUGGAUUUGGGACGAUUCUGAAUCAAUAUAUUGGCUUGAGAAUUCAGUAUAGAUCGUCAUCUAUCCCCAAUGGAGAAGUAUCUGGUUUUGUUAUGUUUGUUGCUUGCAGUUGGAAGCGCACAGCAAGAAAACAAAGCAUACAAGAUUGCCUUAGAAUUCCUGAUGCGCUUCCACUCCAAGACUGUUCUCGCUUUAGUAGCAAACAGCACAGCACACGAACCAACCCGCUCCAAACAAGCUAUUCAACAAAACGGCAAGAGAGAGUACGAUGGCUUCAAUGAACGAAUGAAUGAUGACGACGGGAACGCAGAUAACAGUCUCAAUAUCAAUUCUCAAAUCUACACAACAACUGUAUACAAUAUACCCGUGGAUAGAUUCAUCAAAGAAGCGAUGAUGGCUAUUCUCGGUGAAAAUGGUGUCCUAGAGAAGGGAGGCUUCUACAUGGAUGGAUACAUCAAAAACGAUGGAACGGCUUUCAUUAAAAUGGUCAGGAGUUUUGGAAACCGGACAAACUUGAUUAACGCGAUAAAGAAAGCAAGCCAAGAGCCUCCUGGUUCAUCUCCACUUAAUGUCGUCGUUCACUUCCUGUUGACCGCUGAAGACACGAACAACCUUAUCGCGUGGCAAGAAGCUCAGAUACAAAAAGGAAACGUAAAACAAGAUGAUCCAUGUGCGCCUAAGCUGAUUGUCAUGUACAAAUGCUGUACAAGGACAGUUAUUCCUUUCAUUGGACCUGAAUUCGGAAGCCUUAUGAUCGGAACAGACUGACAACCGUGAAUGACUUGAUUACAUCCAUUCUCGUGAAUAAUAUUUUCUCAAAACACAACUAAUAAAAUAUAUUUCAAGACGUCUAAGUACGUUUUGGCUUCCGUUAAUCGAAGUUGCAACUGUCUGAGAUAGUACUUCUUGAGUGAUAGAUGGAAACCUAAGACUUAGACAUCCUAGAUAUAUCUUAAUAGUCAAAUCUUAACUGUACUAAUACUUCUUCAAUAACUAGCUUUAAAAUCCAAGGGGAUAUAACGAACCAUCAUUUAUUUCUUCUAAAUCACGAGUAGGAAGGCGGGCGGGAAUACAGGUAGAUGCAGUGAUCUGUGGGUUUGGGUCUUACGGGGAAUAGACCAAGAAUGUUUGUCUUGUUUAGUAUUUUUACUUUAACCAAUCGUAGGAAUAAAGUUUACAAAUGUUCGGUAGA